AUGGAAAGAGAGUUUUAUAAAUGUGGAAGAAUUUCUGGGUGUGUUGGUGCAGUCGAUGGGACUUAUAUUGCCAUUAAAGCACCAUCUGAAAAUGCAGAGGUUUACAUAAAUAGAAAAUGUUUUUAUGGAAUUACUCUUCAAGCUGUUUGCGCCUAUAAUAGAGAGUUUUUAGACACCUUUGUAGGUUAUCCAAGCAGUGUAAGUGACACUCGGAUAUUUAAACAUUCUGAUUUAUAUAAAGACAUUACAGCGAACGCUGCAAAUUUUUUGGAUGAAAAUCAAUUCAUUAUUGGAGAUAAAGCAUAUCCUUUUUGUAAUUGGUGCAUACCUUCAUAUAUCGACAGAGGAAAUUUAAACAGGUAUCAAAAAAAUUUUAACAAAAGUCAUGCUGAAACUAGGCAAGUAAUAGAAAGAGUUUUUGCUUUAUUGUUUGGGCGGUUUAGAAGGCUAAAAUAUUUAGAUAUGAACAGGAUAGAUUUAAUACCUAAAACAGUUCAAGCUGCCUGUGUGCUGCAUAAUAUAUGCUUGAAGUACAACGAUGCACUUUUGGACGAUUAUGAUCAAGAAGGGAGAUCAGCCAUGUGUAAUCAAGAACAUACUGAAGAUGAAUUUGAUCAUAAUGCAAAUCAAAUUGCAGCAGAAGGUAGUUUGUUGCGAGACCAAAUUGCCAGAAAUUUAGAAAUUAUUGAUGACUGA